GGUUCCACUAGUUGACAUGUGUAAAGCACUUGACCGUAACAAUGGUAAAAUUCCCAAAGUGACGUGUCCAUUCUUCCUCUUUUUCUCUCUUCCUUCGCCUGGAAGGUAAUUACAUAAUUUUUCCCUAUAUCCGCUUCACAUAUUACAUACUAUAAACCCUAAUCACUCCCAAUUUCCGCUUCAAUUCGGUCUCUCAUAAUCCAGUAAUUCGCCUCGAGUCUUCUCUAGGGUUUUCUAUUGCUUUAAGGUUGUGGCUUACUUUUGGGGAAUUUCAAGGAACAUAAAGAGAACAGGCCUUGUUGUUUCAAAAAAGAGUUUUGGAAGUGAAGUUCUCAUGAGAAUUUUUAGGGGAAUGCAGAAAGUAGCUCGCGAGGAUCAAAGGGAAGUAAGCUGCUGCAAGAAAUCAUUCAGUAAAGGUAUUGGCGUGACCGCCCCAAAGGCCAGGAAGCGAGAUAAAUUGAAAGUGUUUCUCUAAUUUGGGUUAAGGCAGAGUGAUUGUUCUGUGGGUCUCUAGUUGAAGAAGGGUAGCAAAAAUGACACGGAUACUUGUUCAAAGAGGUUCUACAGGGUCUUCAUCAUCGUCAUCAAACCAGAACAGGUCGUCAGUGCCACUCCCUGGAUCAUCUGCUUCUUCUUCAGCUUCAUCACAGCCACAGGCUUCUAGCACUAGUCAAGUGCCAUCAGCUCUGAAAGAUGAUGAGUUGGUGGGAGAGUUUCCAGAAUCAAUUGUCUUGGAUGAUGUUUCAGUUGGUUCCUUCAAUCACAAAGGUGAUGGUGAUGAUGCUUCAGUAGAAAGUUUUAGCUGUGACCGAAGCCUCCCUGAAGAAAAGAUUGUUGACAAUGAGAAGGUAUGUGAUGGUGCUUUUGUCUGUGGGGACUCCAUAAAAGGAUCUAGUGGUUUAAGAGUUGAGGUAGUGGAAAAUGAAGGUACUUGUCUGCUGGAGCCUAAAGGUAGUUCUUGUCCACCUCCUCCUCCUCCACCUCCUGUCCCACCUCCUAAAUCUGCUUCAAUAAACCUUAGCCCAAGGAAAUUUUCAGUAGGUAGUUCAAAUGCAGUACGGAUAGGAUCAUCUAGGGAAUUUGUUGGGCAGACCAAUGUAUCAACUAGGACUUCACCUACUGGAUCUAGGCCAUCCUCUCCACGGUCACACUGCGAAAGUGAAGGUUAUAAUAGUGCAGAUGAGCAGAAUCCCAACUUUGGAUCCUCACGCAAUGAUGUGGAGAGAGAGCACCAGUUUGAAAUUGAUAUCAGAAGAGCUAAAGGCUUAGAAGUUAAGAAAAUGCGUGAAGAUGGGAACUGCCUCUUCCGUGCAGUUGCUGACCAAGUAUAUGGUGAUUCUGAAGCUUAUGAUUUGGUCAGGCAGAUGUGCAUCGACUACAUGGAGCGCGAAAGAGACCACUUCUCUCAGUUCAUAACUGAAGGAUUCACAUCCUAUUGCAAGAGAAAAAGGAGAGACAAGGUCUACGGCAACAACGUGGAAAUCCAAGCAUUAUCUGAAAUGUAUAAUCGCCCUAUCCAUAUAUAUUCUUACAGCAUCGAACCAAUGAACACGUUCCAUGGAAGUUAUAACUCAGAUACCCCUCCUAUCCGUCUCAGUUAUCAUCAUGGAAAUCACUACAACUCCCUUGUCGAUCCUCGCCGAUUAUCAGUUGGUGCUGGGCUUGGGUUUAGCUCUCUGCGAGGGAAAAACAUCGACAAGGAUAAUGUAAAAGCUGCAAUUAAAGCUCAACAGGAGCAACAGAUUGAUAACGCGCUUCUUGCUGAAGGACGCUUCUACUCAGAUGUUGAACUCACUGAGAAGGAGAUGGAACGCAUGGUGAUUGAAGCUUCUAGGGCUGAGUAUAUUGCGCAUGAUAAUAAGUUCCGGCAACAGCUUGGUCGUCGAGAAUCUUCCACAUCCGGUGCUGAACCAUCAUCUUCAGGAACUAGGUCAUCAGGAAGUGAGAAACGGCAGGAAGCUGGGCAAGAGCUGAGUUCGCCGGAUUCUGCCUUUAGCGACUGCAUCCAGGUUAUGCUGUCGAUGGGUUUCAGCUAUCCACGAGUGAUCGAGGCUUAUAGCAUAUUUGGGGAUGAUGUGGAUUCCAUGGUUUGUUACCUCAUAGAAACCAGCUGUAGCAGCAGGUGCAAAGGAAAAGCAACUGAAUGAGGAAACUGAGAAAAGAGUUGUGUGGAUUACAGUCUCUCUGUGUUUUUCUAGUAUAAGCAUUUGCUUUGUGUUCGGUUGUCUUUGAGAGUACGUACUAUCUUAUAUGGAUCAUUCUAAUGU